UUCCCUUGGUUUAUCAGAGCUGAGAACCUAGAAGUCAAUAUUUCAGACAAGCUUUGUUUAUUCUACACGUUGCUACAGAAAGCAAAUUUACAGCGCGCGCGCUUGAUGAAGAAAAAGAACACACUUAAGAAGCAAAAUUGUUACAUUUGUGACAACUAUUGUUUUUAACGCAGAAGUUGCAGGGUCCUGAGGUUGCUAGAAGCUAACAGGAGGGAAGUUGUGCCGUUGCAGUCAUGUCCACAGAAGCCACGUCUCGGGGGGCUCGCUCCACCACCCCUCCCCUGGAUGCGGGGUCGCCCCACUCGCCCGUGUCCCCCAGCUCCCUGCGCCUGCCUCCGUGUCGCCAGAGGGACCGCUCGCCCUCCCCGAUGAGGGGCCUGAUCCCCAGUCCACUGCCCACGCGCCGCAACCGGACCUGCUCGGCGGCCGCCCGUGCUGCCGAGGGACCCUCGUUCAGCGGAGUCUGCAAGUGCUUCUCACGAUCCAAAGGCCACGGCUUCAUCACGCCAGCCGAGGGAGGCGCUGACAUCUUCGUGCACAUCUCCGACAUCGAUGGCGAGUAUGUCCCAGUGGCAGGAGACGAGGUCAGCUACAAGCUCUGCUCCAUACCCCCCAAACACGAGAAGAUCCAGGCCGUGGACGUGACCAUCACACACCUGGCCCCCGGCGCCAAGCACGAGACCUGGUCUGGGGCCGUGGUGGACACAUGAGGAUGCCCCCUAGUGGUUGACGGGAGGAAGCACACCUUCCUGGGAACUGCCAAGUGGAGUGGUCUAUGAGUGGAAAUCCGUGUGGGUUGGGGUUGAUUUACUUUUGCUGUUUGUUAGUUUUGAUUUUGUUUUGUUUUUUAACCCACUUUCCUGAAGGGAAGGGAACACUGAUUGGUUUAAAGAUAGGUGGUGGUGUUAUGUUUCAGAUAUAAGAUAUUACCCUGGCAAAAUGCGAACAAAAAAAGCUUUUGUCUUGUUUUGAGUGUAGUUUCAAUUUUGACAUUUUCCCUCCCUUGUUUAGCAACAAUCUUGUCCUUAUUAUUACAGUUGUAAUGCUACUGAAACAAACUUACUUGUCAGCUCUGACACUUAAGAUGGAUGCUUCAUGACCAUUAGUGAUGUGUGAUCUUGGUUUCCAAAGAGGAACAGUUAUCCAGAUUGUAUUGAGGGUAUAACGUGUUCUCGAAAUGUUAACUGAAACUGUAAAAGCCUUAAACUUUGAUCUAGUACAGAUCCAGCUUUAGUGAUAUAGCAAUGGAUUUGUUUUUACUUCUUUUUCAGGGAUGGAAAAGUGAUUAAACACAUGACAUGAUGGUGGACAUGUAUAAUGUUUGAAUUUAGUUGAAAUAGUGUGAAAAUACAGCAUCUUUAAAAUA